AUGGCUGAUUUUCCCUCCUCUUCCCAAGAAGUCUCUAAACAAUGGCAAGUGUUCAUCAGUUUUAGCGGGAAAGAUCUGCGCCAUAACUUCAUUAGCCAUCUGGAGGGAGCUUUCAAGCUGGCUGAUAUCAACUACUACAUAGACUACAAAGAGACCCCGAGCGAAAGCCAAAAUAUUUUUUUCAAGAGAAUCCAGCAAUCACAAAUCGCAUUACCAAUCUUUUCAAGCCAGUACGCUGAGUCAAAGUGGUGUCUGAACGAGCUUGCUGAGGUAAUGAAACAAGCGAAACAAGGAAACCUUAGAGUCAUCCCAAUCUUCUUUAACGUGACCCCAAAGGAUGUAGGAAGUCCAUACGGAAGUUUUGGCUGUAAGGUAUAUGUAGAAAGUCAACAUAAUCCAUCUUCUCUGCCCAUUUGGACCAAGGCUUUAAAGUCUGCGGCAGGCAAUAUUGGCUUGCUUUUGAAGAACUAUAGGAACGAGAUGUUGCUCAUUCAAGAGAUCCUUGCCUCGGUCAAAAAAGUCCUAGCUCUAGAACCAAACACACACAAUGUGCCCUCUAGGGAGAUAUCACCGGUAAUUUCUGGUCGCAUUAGUUCCUCGAGAAAGUUUUUCUUUGUCGAAGUAAUGAAUCAGCGCAUAAAGCAACUGCAAGAAAUGAUAGAUUUUAAUUGCGACCAAACUCAAAUUGUUGGAAUUGUCGGGAUGCCGGGGAUUGGUAAAACCUCUCUAGCUGAAGAAUAUUUUGAAAGGUCAAAUGAUAGGUAUUCGUUUAACAAGAUUAUCUCGGACAUUCGUGAGAGAGGGCAUCAUUAUCUGGAGUACAAGCUUCUGGAAGGUCAAAAGUUAAAUGAGGAGGCUAACAUUUUCUCAAAGAAAAGUUUUCUUGUUUUGGAUGAUGUGAGCCAGAAGAAGCACAUAGAGUUUUUACUCCAAAACAGAAGACGGAUUAAGAAGGGAAGCAAGAUUGUCAUUACAACGCGUGACAAGUCAUCGAUAGCAGAAUUCUCUCCCGAAAUUUAUGUUGUCCCUCCCUUGAACGAUACAGAUGCCUGGCAGCUCUUUAAUGAUCAUGCCUUUAAAGGUGGAGCCUCUAGCACCAAGGGAAACUUCCCCAAGCUGACCCAAAAGUUUGUGGAUUAUGCUGGAGGCAAUCCACGAGCCCUCGAGGAACUUGGAAAGGAGCUUAAUGGGAAAGACGAGGCUGAAUGGGUGACGAGACUAGAAAACCUGCCAUACCAGUGCAAUAGUAUUAUCAAAAAAGAGUUGAAAAUCAGCUAUGAAGAACUCACUGAGCAGCAGAAGGAUGCGUUUCUCGACAUAGCUUGUUUUUUCAGAUCAGAGGAAGAAAAUUAUGUAAAGUGUUUAUUGGAUUCUGAAUGUGGUGAUGUUGUUAAAAAGCUUGCUGAAAUUUUUUUCAUUUGUAUCUCUGGGGGAAAAAUAGAGAUGCACAAUCUACUCUGUGCAUUUGGCAAAGAACUUAGGUCGGGGGAAAGAAUGUGUGAUCAUAGGAAAACUACUACAAUUCUAAGAGAUGCCGUUCAGCAGGAAACAAAAGAUGUGAGAGGUAUUUUUCUAGACACAUGCACAGAAACAAAAGGGAUAUCAGUAGACAGUAAAAGAUUUACCGAAAAGUUCAACCCGAUGAAUCUGCGGUACCUCAAAAUCUAUGACUCUCUUUGUCCAGAGAACUGUAAAGUAUACUUGCCCGACGGACUUGAGUUUCCCUUCGAAAAUAUUCGAUAUCUUCACUGGGAGAACAUUGAACUGAAGGAGCUUCCAUCAGAUUUCAACCCAAAAAAUCUUAUUGAUCUUAGGCUGCCUUAUAAUAGGAAGAUUGAACGUGUUUGGGGAGCUGUUAAGGAAUUGCCCCUGUUGAAAUGGGUGGAUCUAAGCCAUUCAACUAAGUUGACUGACCUGUCAGCAUUGUCGAAGGCAUAUGAUCUUCGAAGACUUAAUCUUAAAGGCUGCACAAGUCUGGAUAAGUUGCCAGAAGAGAUGGGAAAUAUGAAGCAACUUGUUUUCCUGAACCUCAGAGGAUGCACAACACUCUCAACUCUACCAGAAAGACUGAACUUGAUCUCUCUCAAGACCAUCAUCCUCAGUGAUAAUCUUGAGUUUCUUCAUUUAGAUGGAACUAUUAUCUCCACUCUCCCUCCAACCAUCCAGAACUUCAAGAAACUUGUGUUGUUGAACUUGAAAAACUGCACAAUGUUGGAGUCUCUCCCGGAUUGUCUCAACAAGCUGAAUGAUGGGUCGAGUUUUAACCCGAUUAUCUAA